GUCUUCCUAAUCGAGACUCUAAUCGCUCUAAUCCGUGGUAUUAAUCGAUACUAAGAUGGUUUCAUGUCGUCUGUAUUUAUUUUAAAAGAGGGGACGAAAGUCAGUUAUGCAGAACCUAACAACAUGGAUGAGGCAUUUGCCAAGGUCAAGAAUUAUAUUAACUAAUCUACCAAAUUCAGUAAAUCUUCAGCCAUAUUUGCCGGCUCCCAUAGCAACUAUACACACCAAUUCAUCCCUGAAUGCAGGUAUCAGUAAACAUGGAGGACCAAAGAAAUGGCCUGAACAUAAUGAGAAAAUUUAUCCCCCACAAGCACCUGAAGAUGAAAGAAGACCUGCUUAUGUGUGUCACAUGAGAACCAACAUUAAGUACAGCCCUUGGAAGAUGUGGUACAUAGCAUGCAUGGUAAGAGGAAUGACAGUUGACGAGGCCAUCAAGCAGCUUAGUUUUGUCCUGAAGAAGGGUGCUAUUGCUGUCAAAGAAACAAUAUUGGAAGCGCAGCAGAUAGCUGUCGAGAAGCAUAAUGUUGAAUUUAGAAGCAAUCUCUGGGUUGCUGAGUCAUUUGUUGGCAAAGGGGUGGUCAUCCGAGGAAUGCGAAGACAUGCCCGUGCACGCGUAGGGAAGGUGGAAUAUUUCCACUGUCAUUACUUUGUUCGGCUUGAAGAAGGAACUCCUCCAAAGCACUACUAUCCAUUCAAACGGGAGCUGACAGGAUCAGAAUUGCUGGAGAAUUGGCUGCAACAGAUGAGGAAACGGAAGAUACCAAACUCGCUUUAAAAGUUUUACUCAAAAUUACCAAAAGUUUCAUGAAACUAAAAUGAAAUUGUAAUCUGAUAGUGCUAGAAAAGUGGCCUGUUAUGGAUCUUAUUAAUAAUCAUGGACCUGAAAAGAGAUUUUUUGGUAUGUACUUUUGAGGCUGUUUUAGGCCUGGGAUAAAAACAUGUUGUCCUCACAUAGCACACCUUAAAAUACUUUGUCACCAUGGCAGACUGCGGACAUGUUUAAUUUUCACAUAAAAUUUUACAAUAUGCCCUGUAGCUGUGAAAUAAAAAUCACUGAAUGUUUUU